CAAUCGAUCCAAUCGCAGAUAUUGUAAAGUAUCUACGUACGAGCGUGUAUUUUAUCAGUUUCAGAGCAACAAUAUGUUGACUCCUCAUUUAUUUUGUUCCUCUAAUUUAUCUUAGCGAUAUAAAAAUUGACAGUUCCGUUAUUGAUUCUGUAGGUUCAAGAUAACUUGUGAUGAUAGUCGUCAACUCACCGUGAUAUAUUCGUAAAGAACAGUUUAAUAAAUAAAUCUACAAAAACGUUAAAUAAAUCGCACAACUAAAAUAAGUAACUAAAGAAAACCAGUAAAUAAUGCCAUUAAGAAAAGUUUCAAGUUGUAAAAAAGAUUUCAUAGACUUGUUACAUCGAAUGGCCGAGAUAAUUAAUAUGCAGUUAGUUGAUUAUGUGGUGGAGUUCGGAAUCGAAGAGGUGGAUAUAUAUUGUGCUGGGACUUACAAAGUGCAGUUAAAAGGAAUCGCUGGUGGUCAGAAGAUCAGGAAAAACGUAGUGGUGAAGUGGCAUCAAGAGUCGAGGUUACGUGCAUGCUUCAGAGAAUCUUACAGACGCGAGUACAUUUUCUAUAAAUGUGUGGUGCCCAAGCUGCUCGAUGUUCAAAACCUUAUAAAAAACGAAGGUAUAAAAAUAAAGUUCCCUAACUGCAUUUUGGCUAGUGAUGAAUAUAACAAAGAGGUGAUCGCCGUAAUGGGCUUGAAAGAAGAUGGAUAUGAACUUCGAAAUCGACUUUGUAGAUCGGAUAUGAGCUAUGUUACACUUGUGAUUAAGAAUAUGGCAAAGAUGCAUGCGCUGUCAUUUAUUUUGGAAAGAACGAAUCCUGCUGCGUUUGAGGAGAUAGCUCGACUGUGCAAUGAAGAUGUACAGUACAGAGAGGCCGGACCUCCACCGAAGUGUAUGAAGUCGUAUUACGAAGCGUCUGUAAAAGCGGUGCUUGAUGAAAACGCGAGGCAUAAGCUGCAGCGGCUUACUCCAGACAUAAGGACAAUUCUAUACAAAUGUACUCUGCCAGAUAAGUACAGUACUAUCUGCCACGGUGACUGUUGGAACAACAACAUUAUGUACAAACAUAAGGGCCGCAAGCCCGUGGAAGUCAUAUUCGUGGACUACCAACUGAUGCGGCUCGCUUCACCAGUCACUGACAUUUCCUACUUCUUAUACAUGUCCACCGACGGACCCUUCCUCAACAAACACUACGAUCAAGUCAUCAACAUAUACUACGGCACAUUGACAGCGGUCCUACGACAUUGCAAUUUAGACGUUGAAGAUGUCUACCCAUGGAGUAUUUUCCAGAAACAUCUAAAGGAGUAUUCGGUCCUCGGGUUAAUAGAGGCUCUAAUCUCAAUGAUGAUAAUAACAGCGCCGUACGACGACGCCCUCAAAAUGACUGAAAUGAAAUAUGAACAACAUGAUGAAGAGGUUUGUGAGGACGAGUGCCGGCACAGCUCAUUGUUUGUAGAAAGAGUAAACGGAAUUGUGGACGACUUCUUUGAAAGACAAUAUUCUUUGGAUGCCAUAUUCAGAAAAUAAAGAUAUUGCUUCUUA